AUGUCCCGGGCGGUCUGCAACCACGCUGCGGAGUGGAUGCCGGCGGGCCUCGUCGCCACGAACGGCUCGAUCACCAAGACCGGCAAGCUGUGCUCGGCGAACAUCACCCCGGCGCUGCGCGCAAAGUACGACGCGCUGCAGGCGACGAGCACGCCGGUUGAGCGGCUGCACGCCGUCGGCCGCGUCAGCGACGACCGGCACAAGCGGCAGCGCAAUGAGUCGCGCGCCGGCGACUCGCUCGGGCGCUUUAACAACCAAGCCGGCUGGCUGACGGGCGAGAUCGAUGAGCGCGGCGGGCUCAAGGUCGCCGAGACCAUGCUUGCGGCGUGCCGAAAGGCGGCGGGGCGGGCGAGACGCGUUACGCUCAAGGCGCAGCUGGUCGCGGCGGGCCGCGCAAAGCGCGCCGAGCGCGACGAGAAGCUGGGCAGCAAGAAGGCGCGCAAGGCGGCCAAGGCGGCCGAGAACGCGCGCAUCGCGCAGCUGCCGCUCGACCAGCUCAAGGCCUUCAAGCUGGCGGGGAAGACGGGCUUCACUGUCACGCAGGCGAACCGCGCGGACUAUUGCACGCAGCUGCAGAACCUCCUCUUCGCCGCGCAUGGCGUCGAGGCGAACGACCUCGAGGACGGCGACUCGGGGUGCGACGGCGACGGCGUGCUCAACGGCUGGCAGUGGGAGGCGAGUGAGAAGUUUGACAUCGAGCGCAUUCUCGACAGCAAGGUGGAGACGGUCGGCAAGGGCAAGAAGCGGGUCGAGAUGACGUACUACUUGAUCCUCUGGAAGGGGUACCCGCCGGACGUGUCGACGUGGGAGCCAGAGUCAGAGAUACACGACGACUUGAUCGACGCGUACGAGGCGGAGCUCGAUGCGGCGUGGUGCGAGAGCCAUUUGCGUGCGUGA